AUGGUCGAGAAGGUUUGCUGUCGAUAUUCUGGCGACCGUGUGAAACGCCAGCAUCUUAUUCAGCCUUCGAAGAAGAAGAAAGAAAGUAAGAAGGAAAAGGAGAAAGUGGUGAAAAAGACUGCAACUGCUAAAUUGGACCAAGAAGAGUUCAAAGCUCUUACACCAGUGCUAGCACUCACACCAGUGUCUGAGCGUGAACCAAAGACGGCUGAAGAAUAUGUAGAAGAAAGAAAGGGACUGAAGCAGAUAGCGGCACAGUCACCAACUGCAAAAGACAAGAAAUCUCAAAAGGAUAGAGAGACGAAAGUACCAAAGGGGCUGUCGACGGCAAACUCAAUUAAUGCAACUCUUUUGAAAAAGAGCGAUACUAUAAGCGUGGCCUCGGGUUUACCAAGGCUGUCAACGGCAAGCUCAACUCAUGCAGCUCCUUCGAAGAGAAUUGACACUGUAAAUGUAGCACCGGGCCUUCCUAAAGAACUGUCAAAGCUGAAACAGCCAACUACAAAAAAAUUUUCUCGCAAGAAAAGAUUGAAAAGCAGACCGAUGAAAGAGACCUCUAUCAUAGAAUUAGCAACAAAAGUGAAGAAUAGAAAACCCAGGAUACCUGAACCAGAUAAACCCAGAAGUGUUGACGAAAUCCCUUAUCCGCGCCCACGCUAUGACAGGAAAAAGAAGAAGAGGAAAACACAACGCACCAAAGAAGAAUUUGUGCCACAAAUCGAUGCAGCCUUUUUAGUGCCAGAAGCUGAUAUGUUUCAACAGCUGCCGGUAGCUGAGACCGAAGAAAUUGCAUUCAAACCGAGUGGUGUCACGUUACCGAAAACCGGAUUACCGAUGGUGCAAGGAAACAGUGACAAUAACGGCUUAAUUAUGGUAAAAGGACAGCCAUUUUGGUUCACUGACAUUCCGCCGGAUGAUACGGACGAGGAGCUUGUGAUGAAUGCUGCUGUGCUCAUAGAUGUCUUAGAAAAUCGCAUGAAACUGGUACCCAUGCCAGAUAUCGAAAUUGUGCUUGAUCCGAUGGAAGAGACGACAGCCCUAGCUGCUAGGGACAGUUUAUGCUACACUAAGGACGUGAUUUUUGGAAAUACCGUGCGCAGCAUGGUAAACUUGAACGAGCUUUCAAUUCAUUCACUUUCACUAAAGGGACGCAAGAAAGCGGUGGAACCAAUUAGUGCCGAUGAACUCAAGUCGUUAGCAAUAAAAGAGCCUACUGAAUUGCAUGAGUACUAUCGAGCGACUUAUGACAAAUGCAACGCAGUGCCAUUUAAACCAACACUGAAGACUCGCAAAACAUUGCCCCGAUCUUGCGGUUCAGACGCAGAUUCCGAUUCAUCUAGGCGCGAUGCUAAACAGACCACAAGAAGAGAUGCUCAGUAG